AUGUUCGAGGGCGGCUAUCGUGGCCUCGACCUCGGCCUGGAAUCAGACAGACGGCGAUUGUGCAUGGCGACUCUGGGUGCCCUCAUGGGCAUGUCGCUUUGCAUGGCCUAUUGGGAAGUCAAAAGCGCACGGUUGGUGAUCGCGCCUGGCGCUCGUUUGGCCAUGCCAUGGUUGCAACGUUUGCCCUUCGCUGCCUCUGGACGCUGGUCUUGA